AUGGCGCUGGAAAUGCGACGUUACGUCAAGAAGUAUCCAGCUCGGGCAGCAGAGCAGGUUGCGAUCGACGUUGGUGGGGUGCUGAGCGACAAACAGGUGGAGUACCAGGACGGACAGACUAUCUACCGGGCAGCCAUGCCUGGUGCAUACAUGUUCAUCCACAUGUUGAAGCACCGCACAGGCCAAGUGAAUUUGGUCAAGCACAUGGACGACAAGAAGUAUUUCACUGAAGGAAUGACUUGCGUCAUCGACGACCAAUGGCUGGCGUUAAAAAUGAUGGCCUGUGGAGGCCAGGACACGUUGAUUGAUGCUAUUUGGUUUCAUGCAGACAAAAAGAAACUGCCACCAGGUCAGAGCUCUUUGGAUUCAUGGGUGGGCGGAAAGAUGACCAUCCUUGGCACUUUUGAGGAGUUGGUCCAACAUCUGCGGCUGCAGUGCCCGCCCCAAGUCCAACAAAUUUUUGCCGAAGGGCCUCCCAAUGGUCCGCACAAGCCAGAGUUGGUGCAACGGGCUUUGGCGCUUUUGGAGCCAAAAGAGGUCGGGACCACAGUCGUCCAAGCAGGCGGCAAGGACGACGACGAAGUGACCGUGGCUGCUGCCCAGGACGAAUCUGUCCACGAUGUUGAUUUUGAUGACGACAUGGCAGCUCUUCCAGCAGCUGCGGCCACUGAGGCUUUUGUGGCUGCUUCGGCCACUGAGUCUGUGGCUGCUUCGGCCACUGAGUUUGUGGCUGCUUCGGCCACAGAAAAAGAGGCGGUGCCUGACCAGCCUCAGGGUGCCGUGGCUGAGACUGCAGCUGCUGCGGCUGCGGCAGGUUCCUCCAAUCCACCAUCGUCCGGCUUGAUCUUGACAGAAAGACCUGAUCACAUUGAGAAACCGCUGGAUGACAAUGACGAGGAGGACCGUGCAGCAGAGAAAAUGAAGCAAAGGAGGGUCUUCAUUGCUGCAAAAGAUGAUGACUACGAGUACUACUCUGAGUGCAUAUAUUCCUCCGAUGAUGAUGCACCCCAUGCGGGCAGUGCCAAAGACAUUAAAAAAAGGCAAGCAACCACUGGGUAUCCCCAAAGCGCAGACAAGAAAAAAAGAGAGACGAAAAGCUCACGGGAGCCAAGCCCAUCUGUGGGCAGCCCGCGUCCAACCAGAAAGCUGGGCGUUUCUUUGAGGGAGCGUCCUGCAAGUCAUGCCGACGUCGUCUCCGCGGUCCACCAACUCAGGAGUGACAUGCAAACAGUUGUGAGGCAAGCCGUCUGGUCUGCGUCGUCAACGCCCACGCAACACCCAUGGGGCAGCAAUCGCAGCACGCACUCUGGAUGGGCCCAAAAGAAAGCUCAGAGAGCCAUGCAGCACAGGGCGGCCGCUGGCAAUCGCCCUCCCAAGGUGAUCGACUUGCCCAUUGCCAACGCAACCAACCUGGAUGUGGAUGCACUAGCCACAUGUGCCGCCAGUGUUGCACGGACCCGGCAUGUCCGCAGCAUGGUGGCUAAGAUGGCUGCUUCGGCCAUGUGA